GAAGUAAUAAAGUUGGAUUAAAACGCUGCUAGAAGAAUGAUUCUAAAAUUGAAUAUUUUAAAAUCAGUGAUGAGACACCAAUUGUGGAUACGAAGAUGGACAAUUUUCUGUUCCGUAUUUGUCUUGUACUUCCUGUGUCAACCAUUAUGUUGUAAGGCGGGCAUUCACGAGAAACGUCUACUGCACGAUUUAUUGGAUCCCUACAACGUACUCGAGCGUCCCGUGGUGAAUGAAUCUGAUCCACUGCAGCUGAGUUUUGGUCUAACACUGAUGCAAAUAAUCGAUGUGGAUGAAAAAAAUCAACUUCUCGUGACAAAUAUUUGGCUGAAGUUGGAGUGGAAUGACAUGAACCUGCGAUGGAAUACGUCAGAGUAUGGGGGUGUGAAGGAUCUGAGAAUACCACCCCAUAGGAUAUGGAAGCCAGAUGUUCUUAUGUACAACAGCGCCGACGAAGGGUUCGAUGGCACGUAUCCAACCAAUGUCGUUGUACGCAACAACGGUUCCUGCCUCUAUGUGCCACCUGGUAUUUUCAAAUCAACCUGCAAAAUUGACAUCACAUGGUUUCCAUUCGACGACCAGCGGUGUGAGAUGAAAUUUGGUAGCUGGACCUAUGACGGAUUUCAACUCGAUUUACAGCUCCAGGAUGAAGCAGGUGGUGACAUAAGCAGUUUUGUAACGAACGGUGAAUGGGAUUUGCUCGGCGUUCCGGGGAAGAGAAACGAAAUCUACUAUAACUGUUGCCCGGAACCAUAUAUUGACAUCACCUUUGCAAUUAUUAUCCGCCGAAGGACUUUGUACUAUUUUUUCAAUUUAAUUGUGCCAUGUGUGUUGAUCGCCUCAAUGGCCCUACUAGGAUUUACACUGCCACCAGAUUCGGGAGAGAAAUUAUCACUAGGUGUAACGAUUUUACUGUCACUCACCGUUUUCCUGAACAUGGUUGCUGAAACAAUGCCAGCCACAUCGGAUGCUGUUCCACUUCUAGGAACAUAUUUCAACUGUAUAAUGUUUAUGGUUGCAUCUUCAGUCGUAUCGACGAUAUUAAUAUUAAAUUACCAUCAUCGCAAUGCUGACACAUAUGAAAUGUCCGAUUGGAUAAAACUCAUAUUUUUAUAUUGGUUACCCUGCAUUUUGAGGAUGAGUCGACCGAGACGUAACCUGUCCAUGGAAUACCCUCCGACACCUUGUUCCGACACCUCCGAUCGAAAGCAACAAAUCCACGAUGUAGAAUUAAAGGAAAGAUCAUCAAAAUCUCUACUCGCCAAUGUCUUAGAUAUUGAUGAUGAUUUCCGGCACAAUUGUAGAACCUUAACUCCCGGUGGAACUAUCCCACACAAUCCCACGUAUUUUCGUACGGUUUAUGGACCAGGGGAUGAUGGCAGUAUCGGACCAAUUGGAGGCACUCGGAUGCCAGACGCUAUAACACCGCAUACGUGCAUAAAAUCGUCAGCUGAUUAUGAGUUAGCCUUAAUCCUCAAAGAGAUACGUUUCAUUACCGAUCAGCUCCGAAAAGAAGACGAAGAGAGCGAAGUUGCACGUGACUGGAAAUUUGCAGCAAUGGUCGUUGACAGAUUGUGCCUUAUAAUUUUCACUUUUUUUACAAUAGUUGCAACAAUAGCUGUUCUAUUUUCGGCUCCACAUAUUAUUGUCUCGUAGCCAUAUGAGAGAGGUUAUUGUUAUUGGUUUUAUCACAAAAUCAAUUUGUUAUUUAUUAAAUUUGUAUCGAAAUUGUUUAAAUUCUAAAAACCACCAAAAAUCGCAUCUUCACCCACAUAAUCACUUCACACCACAACCAAAACUCAUUUUCUUUUUUUCUUCUUUUCCCACCACAUUAACCAAAAAACAACAAAUCCAUCACAACAUUACUCAUUCCUUUUUCUCAUUUACCUAGGCUUAAAUAAAUGAAGAAAAAAAGUUUUUAAAUUAAACAUAAAAUGUAGGUUAUUUAGGUAACAAAAAAAAUGAAGAGAACAAAUUAAUGAAAAUCAUUCUUUUUCAUCUUUUAAACAAAGAAUUUUCACUGCAAAUCCAUUUUUCUCCAUUAAAACGACAUUCUUUUCUCAUUUUUAUUAAACAAAAAAAUUCAAAGUGAAAAUUCCUGCGGAUAGAGAUAAAAAAAAAACAAA